AUGCAUAAAAAUCAGCUCCAGGAGCUCGCGCAGCGCAGCGGGUACAACCUCCCGUCGUACGCGUGCAUACGCGAGGGCCCGGACCACGCGCCCAAGUUUAAAGCCACCGCCACGUUUAACGGCGAGACCUUCGACAGCCCGGGCUACUUCUCGUCGCUCCGGCAGGCGGAGCACGCGGCGGCGGAGGUCGCGCUGCGCGUCAUGUCGGAGCGCAGCCCGUCGCAAUGCAUCGCGAAGAUCCUCGACGAAUCCGGCGUGUGCAAAAAUCUGCUACAGGAGACCGCGCAACGGGCCGGCGUGCCGUUGCCUGGGUACAAUACGGUUCGAUCCGGUCCCGGGCAUCUGCCGGUGUUCACGUGCACGGUGGAGGUGGCGGAGUUGCAGUUCACGGGGGAGCCCUCGCGGACGAAGAAGCAGGCGGAGAAGAACGCGGCGCUGGCGGCGUGGACUGCGCUGAAACGAUAUGCGGGUCGCAACUACACGGCUGUGAUCGAAGACCUCGACGUUACGGACGAGCAGGAGCAGACCGCUAUCGCCCGCGCGCUCUCUAACGCGUACAACGCCAGCGCGAUCAAAUCGAGCCCCGCGGUGCUUGCGCCUGGCAUGGAUCUCGCCGCGCUCGCCGGCUUCUACGUUCCGAACGGCUGUCCCGCGCCCAAGGGCAUGGCUUCCGCUCCGCUCUACGCGCGCAACCGGACUUCCGCCUGCCCUCCGCAGGGGGGCACUCCGCUGCAGGCCGGCGCUCCGCUCUACGUUCCGCGACAUGUCGGCGCGGGAAUGGCGGGGGUUCGAAUCCGCGAGGUGACGGUGCGUUCCGUGGGGGAAGAUGGUUUGGACGGGUUAGGGUUAGGGAUUUCGGUGGGGGGUGAGAAAGAGAGUUGGGCGCGCGCGCGCACGCUGGGGUCGCCCGCGGAGAUUUUGCGCAGCCCUGCGAGCAACGUGGAGGUUCCUGGUUCGUCGAUGUGGACCCCGCGCUCGUCGCCCUUCUGGCCAUCUUCCGCGGGCUCCUCUUCCGCGGCAUCUCGCGCGCUGAGCAGGUCCGCAUCUAGCACGAGCGUGGGGGGAGCGGGUUCGAUUGGCGGAGUGGGAAUUGGUGAAGAAAUCGCCGCGCGCCAAUGCCGCGCUGAGCUGGAAGAGGAGGACGUAUCAGCGGCGGAGGCAACCACCCGCCAGAUGCUUAACCAUUUGUGCUUGUAG